AUGAAUCAACCAAUUGUGCUCAUCCUAGUUUCUUGCCUAUUCUUCCAUGUCAGAGCCCAAGAAGCAGCAGAGCCUUCCUCGGGUUUCCUUCAUCCUUUCCGCAUAAGCCUCUCUUUAGUCGUUGGAAUCUCCUUAGCAAUGUUCUGUUUAACAUUUGCUUUCCUUGUGUUCCUCAAAUUCUGUCAUGCAAACCUGGUCGAUAAUUUUGACCAUACUACACAUCCUCAAAACUUUCAUCGCCUUUCUCAGUCAAGUUCCAUAUUUUCUGGAAUUGAUAGAAGAAUAAUUGAAUCAAUUCCCUCUUUCCAGUUCUCUGUAAUUAAGGGGUCAAAAGAGGGCCUAGAGUGUGUAGUUUGCAUAUCGAAAUUUGAGGAUUCAGAUAUUCUUCGACUUUUGCCAAAGUGCAAGCAUGCAUUUCAUAUGAACUGCAUAGACCAGUGGCUCGAAAGACACUCAACCUGCCCUCUUUGCAGGUGUAAGUUUGAUUCUAGAGAUCUAAAGAAUGUCACUCAUUCAAACAGCUUGAGAUUAUCUCAGAACCCUUCAAAUCUAACUGAUGAUCCAAACGUUGAGCUCUUUGUGGAAAGGGAGCAGGACGAUCAAGUUCAAGGGUCAUCAUCAAGGUUUACCAUAGGAAGCAACCUCCGCAGCAUUGACAGGGGUAAGAAACAAGAACUACCGAUUCAAGAAGGUGAAGGUAGUAGUGGAGAUAAUCCAAAACUCUUGCAUAAGUUCAAGCAUAAGAUAAUUUUUUCUGAUCUUGUAAUAAAGAAUCGAUGGAGUGAUGUCAGCCCAUCAGACUUGUUGUCCUUGAAAUCCGAGAUGCUCAGUGUCAUAUCAAGCAAAAGAUUCUCUUCGUUGGAAUCAAAUAGUAGAAGGUUUCCUACUGGCUUAUCAACGAGUAAACAGAUUGAAAAGGUUGAGGAUUUAGAGAGGAAGAGAAUGUUUGAGUCCGAGUUCAGCAUAACCGAUAAGAAUGAUCCAAGUUCAACCUUUCCUUCCGCUUCAUAUAACGAGUCAAGUUCAUCAGAGAUGAAUCAUAUGGAAAAGAGAUCAAUGUCUGAGAUUACAGUCUUCCCAAGGUUCAGGCAAUUCAGUCUGAAAAACCAAAUUUCACUGGUUAACAUUAGUGGAAAAGAGGAGAAGAUACGGGGGCUUUGGUUACAAUUAGUGCGCAAAACAGUUCAUUGGUUUUCCGGACAGGGAUCAGAGAAUAGCAGGCAAAGAUUAAUUAUAUGA